AUGUCGCCUUGCAUAUUGGAGUCGGAUAUAUCAUCUGAGUCGGUUGCUCCAAUAGAGCCUGAUGCCACUCAAUCCAGUGACUGUGUCGUUCUCAUCGACGACGACGAUGAUGACGAUGACCAGGAGGGUGACGAGACGCAACCGGAGCAGCCCACUUUUGCUCAUUCCACGUCUUUGAAUGAUUUCUGCGCCCCGUCCCCUCCCGCUGCUGUCACUGAUGAACAGCCGGCAGAGCUUCCUCCUGAGGCGCUGGAUUCUGGACCGACGAAGUAGGCCGCUUUUUUCUAUCCUCCAUCAGUAACCUGUUUAGUGUUCAGUCGGUUAUGCCUUUCCAUUUACUUGUCAUUUCCUGCAUACAAAGUCAUAGAGAAGUCGAAAAAAGUCCAUGCAAUACAAGCGAACCAACUUGUUAACUUCAGCUGUGACCAUGAGAUCCAGCAGUCGGCACUCUGCGAGUCUGGUUUUUUGUUGGUGUGGGCCUGCAUAUGCAGUUUUAUUCCUCCUUCCAUUUCCAAUCACAACGUUCUAGCCUGUUUGUCGAUCUGGCUGCAAGCUCAGACGAGGAACCCGAUGUGACGAUGGCAUCUACCCCACCACUUUCUAAUCCCCAACCCUCGGCAGCACCAACGCCAUCAUCGAUUUCGCCCACCACAACGGAGAGCUGCGGUCUUCCGGCUGUUAUUCCGUCCCCUUCCCUCGCGCGCCUCUCCGUGGACAUCGCUCCACUCCUGCACGUCUCCUCGCAACCUCUAAACCUCACCAGCCAUGCUGCGCAACCUCUUCCUCCUUCCCCCGCUGCUGAUGCUGCUGUUGUCAACGCCGCUGGGACUUCCUCCACCCCACAGGCAUCCCCACCUCCAAACAAGGCCAUUGGGUAAGGAUCGAAUAUGUAAGCCUAUUGGACAUAUCCAACGCAGGGACCCCUGUAAAAGGAGUAUGGUGGUAAUGGGGGUUUUUCGGGUGGAUCACAUGGAAGCGAGGGCUAAAAAGUGAAAGGGAAAGCACAAGAAGGCGCAAGUAGAUCGCAAGGUUGUUUAAACGCUCCCCUCCCCCCCCCAAUGAAGUCAAAAAGCUGAAGCGUGUACACCCAAAGCUAAAUGCGCUGUCGACAAAGGUCCAUUCGGUGCAGGCAAUACCAGCUGGUAAAUUCAGCACUUUUGGAUUUUGUUGGUGUGAGCCUCCAUAUGCAGUUUUAUUUUUCCUUCCAUUUCUAACCUCAACGUUCUAGCCUGUUUGUCGAUCUGGCUGCAAGCUCAGACGAGGAACCCUAUGUGACGAUGGCAUCUACCCCACCACUUUCCAAUCCCCAACCCUCGGCAGCAGCGACCCCAUCAUCGAUUUCGCCCACCACAACGGAGAGCUGCAAUCUCCCGGCGGUAAUUCCGUCCCCCUCCCUCGCCCCAAUUCCGUCCGUCCUCCCGCGGCCCCUAAACCUCGUCGGAAAUUCUACGCAACCUGUUCCUCCUCUCUCCGCUGCUGAUGCUGCUGUUGCCAGCGCCGCUGGGACUUCCUCCACCCCACAGGAAUCCCUUCCUCCGAACAAGUCAAACAAGGCCACUGGGUAA